AUGGGCAUAGAGCUGCUGGACAUGAGCUCUAAGACUGCAGCUGUUCCGGCCUUUAUGGCCAACUGGUCGCCAGAACGCCGGCGGGCGUUUCAAGAAGACACGGCGAACGCAGCAGCAGCACGGCUGCAGCAAGCUGCUGCUGGGCCCCCACAGCUGACCUUUGCAGAUCUGGAGUUGCUGCUGCGGCAGCAGCUGAACUGCACAGCUGCGGAGUUCAGCGAGGCGUGGCAGGGGGGUUAUGAGAAGUGCGAGCAGCAGCAGCAGCUGCUGCAGCAGCAGCAGCAGCAGCAGCAGCACGGCAGCGCAGCAGUCAUAGGCUCGGAGCAGCAGCAAAUGGCUGUGCUGUACGUACAGCAGCUCGAAAGCCAAAUCAACUCCCCACAGGGGCCCAUCACUGCAGCAGCAGACCCCACAUUGGACACAGCAGCAGCAGCAGCAGCAGCAGCAGCAGCAGCAGCAACAGACGCAGCAGCAGAAAUAGCAGCUCAAGAAGGAGAUGACAACACUGAUGCAGGACUCAAAGUCAAACAACCAAUUCUAGACCCUUUCGCGGGGCCCCCAGAGGGUCUAGAGGGCCCCCACCGCAUUUCCGAGGCCCCAACAGUCCACGGUAAGUGCAGGGGCCCCCAAUGGGGGCCCCCGGGGGCCCCAGGGGGCCCCAGGGGCCCCCCUUGGGGGCCCCCAGGUGCCUCCGGGGGCCCCCAGGGGCCCCAGGGGCCCCCCCUUGGGGGCCCCCAGGGGCCUCCGGGGCCUCCUGAGUAUUUCAGGGGCCCCAAGGGGGCCCCAUUGGCGCUACAGGUAGCUCCUAGGGGCCCCUCUAGAGGCCCCCAGGGGCCCCCAGGGGCCCCCUGGGGGCCCCCGGGGGCCCCUCAGGGGCCCCCUGGGGGCCCUCAAAGGCCCCCACACCCCCGAGAGUGCCUGUUUUUUGUUACUUUGUCUUUCGUUUUUCUUUCUUGCUGCUGCCAUUUGUGUCUUCAAGAUUUGUUUUUAUUUUUUUGUUUUUUGGUCUUUUCAGAAGUCCCUUUGCACCGCCGUUUCCUCUUAAUGAAUCCGCAACAAAGACAAAUAAUUAUUCAGCAGCAUCAGCAGCAAGUGGGGCUCACGAGGGGCCCCCGGGGGGCCCCCGGGGGGCCCCCGGGGGGCCCCCGGGGGACUCAGAGGGCCCCGGGGGGCCCCUAG